AUGGGUGGCGACGGCGGCGCAGCACGGGCGGCGGCGGCCAAGCGGGCGCGAGCGGCGGCGGUGGCGACGACUUGCGCGCUCUCGCAGCAGCCGCUCGAUCCUCACGCGGCAGUGGUUGGGCCGUACGGACGGCUGUUCAACAAGGAGGCGCUGCUGGAGGCGCUGCUGCUCAAGACCUUGCCGCAGGCGUUGGCAUACAUUCACAAGACCCGCGAUCUGCGCGAUGUGGUCCUCCAGCCGCCGCCAACCAGCAUCGACGCCGGCGGGCAUGCCGUCGUCCACCUCUGCCCCAUCACACAGCUGCCGAUGGACGGCUCAGUGCAGUUUGUGGCUCUGCGCUGCGGACACGUCUUUGCCGCUCGCGCCUUUCGGGACGUCGACGCUGGCGGGCAAUGCUUUACCUGUGCGGCUGGCUUUGACCUCGACGCCGACGGCAUCGUUGUCGAUCCCGACGACGCUCAGCGCGAGGAGCUGGUGGCCCGGCUGGCGGCAGCGCGGGCGGCGGCCAAGGCCAAGAAGAAGGCCAAGGCCAAAGGCAAGAGUAAGGCCAAGCGGAGCCGCGAGGCCGGAGAUGGUGGCGAGCCCCAUGGCCCGCCGGCCAAGAAGGCCAAGGCCACCUCGCAGCUGAUGGCCGCCAUCGAGGCGAGCAAAGGCGAGUCGCGCGCAGCGGCGUCGUCGUCGUCGUCGGCAGCGCCAGGCGCAGGCGGAGGUACAGGCGCAGGCCCGCGGCCCGCGGGCAUGUCUGCAGUCGCAUGGGCUUCGCUUACCGGUCAGUGAGGGUGCUAUGGUGGUGUUACUGCUCGCCAUCACUCGGUGGCCUCGUCAAGGGUUGGGUACGUGUUGUAGCCCUCGUCGCCCUCGGCAAAGACCGUGGGCCAGUCGAUGGGGUUGAGGACAGGCUCCUCACCCGAGUCGAUGGCGCGGCGGAAGCGGAUGGGCAGGUCCGGGUUGGCGACCUGCCACUGACCCCAUGCAAUGGCGUCAGCGUAGCCGCCGGAGGCCUUGAGCGUCUUGGUGGCGCGGUCGAGGUCGUAGCGGAAGCAGGCGAUGAUGGGAGUGUUGGGCGCCUGGCCGGCGAGGUGGGCAAAGUCGAACUCGACGUCGUCAGGCUUCUCCUCGUUAAAGUGAAUGUACCCGA